AUGACGCGUCUCGCCGCUUGUCUGUUUGGUCUUCAUUUUCUUUCCUAUGUUAUUGUAUGCCAUCAAGACAACAGUAACAACCGUCCUCGUGAACAAAGCACCGUAUCGGAAUCAUCAAGACGAUUUCGUGCGGAGUUCUUAGAAGACUGGCCGCAUACGCCCGGGUCACCAUACUUCGACCCCAGCACUCCGGACAAUGUGACCGGUUUAGUUGGACAUCCAGUGACUCUACUUUGUAAAGUGAAAAACUUACAAAACCGCACUGUGUCAUGGGUGCGUCAUCGCGAUAUACAUUUGUUAACCGUGGGUCGCUACACGUACACAUCAGACCAGCGGUUCGAGGCCCAACACAAGCCGCGCUCCGAAGAGUGGGCGCUCAGGAUACGCAGCCCGCAGCGACGUGAUUCCGGACAAUACGAAUGUCAGAUAUCAACCACUCCACCUAUCGGACACGCUGUAUAUCUCAAAAUUGUUGAGCCGGAAACUGAAAUCAUGGGUGGAUCGGACUUGUUUAUCUACGCCGGUUCUACGAUCAACUUAACUUGCAUCGUCAGACAUACGCCGGAACCCCCAAACACUAUAAACUGGACUCACAGAGGAAAGACCAUAAAUUUCGACUCAACUCGGGGGGGCAUCUCGCUGGUGACUGAGAAAGGUUUUCAUAGUAGCAGUCGGUUGCUGAUCCAGUCGGCGCGUACGUCUGACGCGGGCUCGUAUCAAUGUGUACCCGACAACGCGCUAUCAGCCACCGCUAGAGUACAUGUUUUGACUGGAGAGACGCCGGCUGCGAUGCAAGGCGGAGCACAAUGGAUAAGCUACGGCGUUCCCAAACUAGUGUAUAUUGCUAAUAUCAUACAAUUGUAUGCAUACGUUAAUUAA